GCUGGCAAUGCUGCUGUUAGUGUUAUUCCCGAGUCGGUGGAGGAGGAGUCACGGAGACGCAGAAAGCCACUCGCUUCCGCCAACUUCCCUCAUGUUGCCAAGAGGCCAGAGUGUUAACCGAGUCCAGAACUUACAGUUUACCGUUUAAAUGGGGACUAACGUUCAACUAGACGAUUUUAUCGCCGGCUGGUUCGGAGGUGCGGCUAGUGUGAUCGUAGGCCACCCCCUGGACACGGUGAAGACUCGCUUGCAAGCCGGUCAGGGUUACACCAACACAGUGCAAUGUGUGCGAACAAUCUUUAGAAACGAACACGUGGCCGGCUUUUUCAAAGGGCUGUCCUUUCCGUUAGCGAGCAUCGCCGUCUACAACUCGGUGGCGCUCGGUGUGUACGGGAAUGCUCAGAGGUUCAUCUGUCGCUAUCGGUACGGGGAUGACCUCCGCCAAAGUCCCGCUCUCUCGGACGUGGCGGCUGCGAGCGCCGUGGUGGGUCUUGUCACCGUGGGCAUUGGUGCCCCAGUGGAUUUGGUCAAGAUCAGACUCCAAAUGCAGACUCAGCCUCUGAGGCCAGCUAAACUAAACUUGGUUGGUGCGAGUGCCAUGCACUCCCUUGCACUGAAUGCUCAGCCUCUAUACAGGGGGCCUGUGCACUGCAUUAGCAGAAUACUGCGGACUGAAGGCAUUGUUGGACUCUAUCGAGGUGUCGGAGCCAUGUACCUCAGAGAUGUUCCAGGAUAUUGUUUAUACUUUGUUCCUUACAUGUUGCUGUGUGACUGGAUGACACCCGAGGGGAGCAAAGCACCCAAUCUAUUUUGUGUGUGGUUGGCUGGCGGAGUGGCAGGAACGAUUUCAUGGGGUACUGCGACUCCCAUGGAUGUUGUCAAAAGUCGCCUUCAAGCGGAUGGAGUCAGUGAGACAAAAUAUAAGGGAAUACUGCACUGUAUUCAACAGAGCUACCGAAAGGAAGGACUGAAUGUAUUUUUUAAAGGAGCAACUGUGAAUGCUAUCCGUGGAUUUCCUAUGAGUGCAGCCAUGUUUUUCGGAUAUGAGCUCGCACUGAAAGUAUUGCGACGUCAAUGAACAGAAAAGUAACAUUUGACUUCUGAUGAUUAUCAAACUUGGCCAGUUACAUAGGUCUAUGCUCAGAUCAACAGUAGAUCAGAUUUAUAAAAAAAAACUCAUCUUCCUUUUGAUUCUUGAUUUCAAACUGCCAAAACUCAUUGUCAGAAACAGCAUCAGGCACUAUAGAGACAACUUGGAAUGAUGGUGUGCUUCAAAUGUGAUGUGCUGUGUUCCCUGGGGAAAAGAGAAUUGCUGGAUUAAAGAAAAUCAGCAAACAUUGAGGAGCAAACCUCAGGAAGGACCAUUAGACUUGAAACAUGGACUGACUAACUGUCAGACAAAGGUUGCCAGACCUGCUGAGUAUUUCUGCCUUUUACUGUUUCUGUUUUUAAAUUUUGAGCAGGGGAGGAGGGUAGGGAGUUAAUUUGCAGAAAUACUGGGACAUGAUUAUCAUAAAGAAGUUAUCAGAGUGGUGUUGCCAACUGGAGCUGCAGGUGUUUUUGGAGAUUUCACUACAUGUUUCCAGUCGAUUGUCCCUCCUCUGCCCAACUGCCAUUUUAUAAUUAAUUUUAAAAUUAUUAAAAAUGAAAAAAGAACUUUAACACCUUUGUUUUUCUUGCUAUGGCUGCUAGGAGCUCUAUCCUGGUGAUUUAUCUUUCAUUCCUGGAGGCUCCAGGAUGAUCCUGGAUAUUUGACUACCCUAUAACCAAGUGUUUUUGAUGGAUUCAAUAUACUGAGUUGUUAUGAUUGCAUUACUGCGCUCAGUUUGAUUUGUAUCAGUAAAUCACUGUAAGAGAAAAAUCCAUAAUGGGAAAAAGAAAAUGCAACAGAUUUAUUCUUCAAUAUUCAUACACUUCAAGCUUUUUUUGGCCUUAAUUUGUAGAGUUUUUCUGAUGACCAAUUGUAUAAUUAAGUAAAAAGAAUAUGUUAAAUGCUUUUACACUAAACAUUAUAAGGUGGGAAUAGUUGCUGCAAUUUUUCAUGAUGUAUGAAGAAGUACAGACUAUUAGCCAGGUUCAUUUCAGAGAAUGCAAGUAUUUGGGCUAGGCACAAACAUCCAACAAAAAAAAAUGAUGUUAAUGGCAAGAAGAGUUAAUAUAGACUUUGUAUGACAAUGUAAAACUGUGUGACAGGUAGACAGAAAGAGCAGGGGAUUGGGGAGGGGUAAAUCCAAAAAUGGCAGGGCUGAAGCUGGCCAGUUGAAUUUAUAUUAGACCUGAGAAUGUGAGUAAUAUGUUUUAUAUGAAGCAGGAGGUGUCUAGUCUGCAUAACUAAAAAUGUAUGCUGUGAAUCAGAUGUAGAUGUGUUUGCAUGUGAAAGGGCUAGUAUAUAAAGUGUGCAUGAAGGACAGUGGCUGAAUACAGGAUGUACAAGAGAGGAUGAAGCAAUAAAAUUAUAGAAGCAAUAAACAGAAUGAAGUGAAAAAAGUGAAGGGAAAAAGAGGAAGAGAAGGCUGGGAGAAAUAAACAGAGUUAAAAGGAAAUUCUGGAACAGAGAAGGGAAGGCACACAGACACACAGGGCACCUGGAGGUUUUUCUCCUACCAAUUUCUGUUUGAAGUCCAGAGUAUUUUUCACUACAAUAAUGAUCUUAGUUUUGCCAUUUCAUCAGUUUAUGUAAGAAGGCAAGGAGGGGAAAUCAUAGAUGGGUGAGAAUUUGAAAGAUUGAUGAAUGCACAGGCUAGAAAGUCAGGCCAAAGAUAUUCUCGGUUUCAGCUAUCAAAAGCAGCUUGCAUUUAUAUUCUGCCUUUAAAUUAAAAAAAAGAAAUUGCGCCAUGUAUAGAGAGAAUUAAGUCCCAAGAUGGCAUCCUGUACAAGAAUAAAUGAUUAAUAGGGCCAACUCAGUACUUUAUCUAUAGAUACAACUCAUACAAACUCCAUAAUUAAAAUACCUAUAAGUAAAAUACCUACCUGCCUCCUUGGUAUUAAAUAGGAAUAUGACUCAAAGGUUAAAAAGAAGCACACUGGGUCAUCAUUGGCAUUGGGAUGGUGGACAUGGCGAACUGGGCCUUAUGUCAAUUUGCAACAGGAUAUAAGUUUCAACAUUAAUUUGGAAUAAAGCAAAAUAACCAGAGAGGAUUCCCAUGAAGACAUAAGGCAUGGAUGGAGGUCAUUUAGCCCGUUAUUGGUUAUCAAAGAGCUAACUGAUUAGUCCCAUUCUUGUGUGCUUUCUUCACAUAAUGCAAUUUUUUUCCUUUAUAUUUGCAAGUAUUGUAAAUAUCUUGCCUCUAUUUGCAGAUGUAUGCUUAUUAACUGAGAAGCUUUCAUAAAGGCUUAAAGAAACAUGUUUAUGUCAAUUACCCAUGAUUUGUUCCAUGAGCUAAAAUGCUAUCCUUCCCAGUUGUGAUUUUUUUCAAUUGUGGGGCAGGAGAAGUGGGGACCCAUAAUAACCAAAGGGCGCUUAGUCCAUCAAUUUUCCACAAACACCUGAAAAAUCCCCCAAAAUCGCCAGCCCACCCACCAUAUUUAAACAAAGAAUUAAGGUCGAUUGAGCUUGUUACCAGUCAGUUGGCUGGGAUACUAUAUAAAAACCGAAAAUCAAGUUCUGUGGAAGGGUCACCACUCUGAUUUCUCUUCACAGAUGCUGCCAGACCUGCUGAGCUUUUCCAGCAAGUUCUGUUUUUGUUUGUGGCUGGGAUACAAUGCUGCCCAGAUCAUCAUAUGUUUGGUGUUCAUAAGCAUGCAGAAGUGGGCAGUCUAUAUUUUGAGGUCAAACUGAAGAAAAGUGAAAAGGAGUGUAGGGUUGUGGGACAUAUCACUCGGGUGUUCAAUGUGCUUAUCAGGGGAAUGUCCAACUAUUUUAGCCUCCCCCUCCCUACUUUGUUCCUCACCACCUACCCUCCAAAACUUGCCCCCACCACCCUCUCUCUCUCCUCCCUAUGCACUUGGAUCCCUUCCCACUUUAAAAGUCUGGGAAUUGCCUGUCUCUAACUUCCAUUUCUCCACUUCCUUCUCUCAGCACCUAUUACUGAGUCUGCUGUUGUUGCAACUUCUAGAACUUGAGGACGGGACUUCCUUCCACGGAGGGGCAGAACUCCUAUUCUCCACCAUUUUUAAUCUGCCCACAGGUUGCAAUGGCUAUAACAUGGCCUUCUUUCAGAUGUGUUGGUUGUUGGCUGACUUUCCUUCUGCAAGAUGUAGUAUUGCCAUCCUGCUUUAUCCAUGAAAAUCUACUGUCGCCUAGGAGUGCCAGUCUUUCUGUAUGUAUUAUGUGUUGAUCUGAUUCACUGGCAGAUAAGAGUUCAAAGACUUGAUCUAGGUGCUAACACCCUCUGUGCUAAGAUGCUAAACAAGGUGAACUGUACUUUCAAUGAGUGAUUCUCUGGACACAAUUCUAUUCUAUAGCAAAACAAGACUCUGUUUCCCAUAAAGUGUGCUGGUGAAUUAUCAUAAUUGAAUACUGCUAAAAAUAUACAUAGUUAGGUGCAGAAAUUAAACUGAAGAAGUCAGAAAGGCAUUUUUUGUCACCUGAUGUGUUGAUGCUCAAGAGAGGUUAUUUUGUCCUUUCUCCUCUGUGGGUUAGUGAUUCAAAUGACCCUAUGAUCAUGUUGACUUGUGUGUUACAUCACAGCUGAUUAUGUGAUAAAGCAGGAUAAUAUUAUUUAUAUCCUUCAUGGUGAUAUAUGUCUAAUUAUAGAGUAUGAGUCAAAUAAAUCGUCAAGUCUCAAGUGGAGUUGUUUUUACUCUGUGUAAAAACAAAAUUGGUAAGAGUUUUGUAAAUCUCUAAUGUUUAUUUGUAUACACUGUUGGCAAAGUUUCCAUAUUACUAAUUUACUGUUAGAUAUGUCU